AUGCAGUGCAUUCGAAGUGUCGGACCCGUGGGUGGUGGCGGAGCGACCGGUGGUGUGGAACGAACGAUCCUGAUAAAGUCGGAAGAUGCACGCGGGGUGGCGAAUGGGGAUGGCGUUAACGGUGCACACGACACCGACCGAAGGCCACCGGAAGGCAUGGGCGAGUGUCACACCGGUCAGGUUGGGUGCGAUGCGGACGAUAAGAAGCAGACGGGCCGGCCGGAGGUGCGAACGUUCGUCAUCAGCGAGAAUCAGUGCAUCGUGUACGGUGCUGGUUCAAGGCCGCCGGCCCCAACCACGCCCCCAUCCUUGCCCACGUCCACGCUCCAGCAGGUGCCCGUCUCCCAUCUGCCACCGAAGAAAACGCUCAAGCUGGCCCUCGGACUGCGGGGAUCGGCAAUGUCGCCCCCGACCAUAGCGGCCGCACCCCGACAACCGUCGCCUCCCCCACUGACCCUGCGCCGGACGUCCGACGAAGCGGACCGGAUGAUGGCGCGGAUACAGAUCGUGUCCAAGGCCCACCAGCACGCGUGCGACGACGGCCUACCGGUACAGAACGGGGUGCUGGUGGGGGGAGGCGGACAGGGCGUGCACGUGAUAAGGGACGGCCGGUUCUAUCAACCUGCGGCCGCGUCCCCGCAGCAACAGCGCCACGAAGAUUCGCCGCGCUGUGACGUCAAGAAGGAGGAGACCCGGCCGGACCCGGACCACGUGGUCCUGCUGGACGAAGGAUCUUCGCGUGGAUCUUACCGGGCCCAGCAGCAACAACAACACAGCAGCAUCAUCGUAACGAACGGUGGCCACAAUUCGCCCCCACCACCACCUCCACCCACCACCCACCAAGGACGCCUUUCACCUGCCGGAAGUGGUGGGGUGGCGGUGGUGCAGCAUCCGCACACUUCCAGCAGCAUCGCGACAACGACCACGAUACUCGUGUCGAACGAGCGUGCUUCCAGCUAUAAGCCGGCAACGCAGGCUACCUCUACUACAACGACGGUUUCAAGCAGCAAGCAGCAGCAGCAACACAGCGGUAACAAUCAUCAUCAGCACGGGCACGUAACCUCAAUGCAGCCUCCACCUCCGCCGCCACCGCUGAAGCUGUCCAAGGGCGGCGGCGGACACGAGGAACCGUCCAGCUCGAUGCCAGAUUUGGAAUUCGAUGGCACAACCGUCCUAUGCCGUGUGUGCGGUGAUAAAGCGUCCGGGUUCCAUUACGGUGUCCAUUCCUGCGAAGGAUGCAAGGGUUUCUUCCGACGGUCGAUACAGCAGAAGAUCCAGUACCGACCGUGCACGAAAAAUCAGCAGUGCAGCAUACUGCGAAUAAAUCGCAACCGCUGCCAGUACUGCCGAUUGAAGAAGUGCAUCGCCGUCGGCAUGAGUCGUGACGCCGUCAGGUUUGGACGUGUGCCGAAGCGGGAAAAGGCCCGCAUACUGGCCGCGAUGCAGCAGAGCACACAGAACCGGGGCAACCAGCGGGCCCUUGCCAGCGAGCUGGACGAUCAGCCCCGUCUGCUGGCGAGCGUACUGCAGGCCCACAUCGAAACGUGCGAGUUUACGCGCGAAAAGGUCGCCGCCAUGCGUCAGCGGGCCCGCGACUGCCCGAGCUACUCGAUGCCAACUUUGGCGUGUCCCCUCAACCCGGCCCCGGAGCUCCAGUCGGAGCAGGAGUUUAGUCAGCGGUUUGCCCACGUGAUCCGCGGUGUGAUUGACUUCGCCGGCAUGAUACCCGGGUUCCAGCUGCUGACGCAGGACGACAAGUUUACGCUGCUGAAGGCGGGUCUGUUCGAUGCGCUGUUCGUGCGGCUCAUCUGCAUGUUCGACACCACGAUCAACUCGAUCAUCUGCCUGAACGGGCAGGUGAUGCGGCGCGACACCAUCCAGAACGGUGCGAACGCGCGCUUCCUCGUCGACUCGACGUUCAACUUUGCCGAGCGCAUGAACUCGAUGCAUCUGACCGACGCGGAGAUCGGGCUGUUCUGUGCGAUCGUGCUGAUCACGCCGGAUCGGCCCGGGCUGCGGAACGUGGAGCUGAUCGAGCGGAUGUACACGAAGCUGAAGGCGUGCCUGCAGACGGUCAUCACCCAGAACCGGCCGGACAAGCCGGAGUUUAUGCAGGAGCUGCUGCGCACGAUGCCGGACCUGCGCACGCUCAGCACGCUGCACACGGAGAAGCUGGUGGUGUUCCGGACGGAGCACAAGGAGCUGUUGCGGCAGCAGAUGUGGUCGGCGGAGGAGGAUCAGGGUGCGGUGCUGGAUGCGAAGAGCCCGGCCAGCUGGAGCUGUGACGGGAACCAGGUCGAGGUGGAGAUCGCCAAAAGCCCGAUGAGUUCCGUGUCCAGCACGGAAUCGACGGAAACGUCCUCCUCGUCAUCGUCCUCCUCGUCGUCCGAGUACCACCACCUGCACCAUCACCACCAUCACCACAACGGGGGCAUCUCUUCCGCGGCUUCGGCCGCUGCCCCGCUGCUGGCCGCCACCCUGUCCGGGGCCUGCCCGAUCAUACGGCACCGGGCGAGCUCGGGAUCGUCGGCGGAGGACGAUCUGAUCGGUGGGACCGCGCAACAUCUCGCACAGAACGGGCUCACCAUCACGCCGGUCAUCCGGUCGGUGGGUUCUUCCUCCUCUACCGCGUCGUCCGCCUCGUCUGCCUCGAGCCAUCUGCACCAUCAUCACCAUCAUCACGUGUCGCGGUACCGCAAGCUCGACUCACCGACCGACUCGGGCAUCGAGUCGGGCAACGAAAAGCACGACAAUCCGUCACCGCAACAGCAGCUGCAACAGCAGCAGCAGCAGCAGCAACAGCAACAACCGCCGCACCAUCCACACCACCACCUGCUGCUCCAUCCGAAGCCGGCCAGCAGUAGCGUCAGCAGCGGAUCGUCGUCCUGUUCCAGCCCGCGGUCAUCGCUCGAAGAUCCAACGCUGGAGGACAACAACAGCAGCAGCAGCAGCACCAACAACCAGGGCAAGGCGCACCACCAGCAAUCGCUGGCGCGCCAUGCGAGCGUCGAGAAUAUGCCGGUGUUGAAGCGUGUGCUGCAGGCACCACCACUGUACGACACCAACAGCCUGAUGGAUGAGGCGUACAAGCCGCACAAAAAGUUCCGCGCUAUGCGCCACCGCGAGAGUGAGGCGGAAGCGGCAUCCUCUUCGACGACAUCCGCCACCUCCUCCUCCUCCUCCUCCUCCUCCGCCUCCAGUUCGCCCAUCGUGGCGACAGUGCUUGCGUCCUCUUCCUCACCCAGACCUGCCGCAGUACAGCCGCAGCAGCAGUCGUCCGUAGUGACGGCGGCGGCACCAUCGCCACCGCAGCACCAUCAGUCGCAGCUGCACAUGCAUUUAACGCGACCUCAGACACAGUCCCACCAAAGCAGCAGCAGUACCGCCGGCUCCGGCUUCCUGCAGUCGUCCUCCGCCAGGUCGAGUCCGCAGCCACCGAUCGCCGGACAGCUGCAGCAGCAACAUCACCACACCUACUCGUCCCUCUCGAGCACGCACUCCGUGCUGGCCAAGUCACUGAUGGAGGAGCCGCGCAUGACGCCGGAGCAGAUGAAGCGCACGGACAUCAUCCACAACUACAUCAUGCGCGAGUCCGCCCAGGAGCAGCAGCAGAACUACAUCAAGCAGCAGCAGCAGCAGCAGCAGGGUGGUCUGCUGGUGUGCGGACCGACCGCUAGCGGGGUGUUUCAGCGUGCCUCGCCCCAUCUGACCGUGUCCGCCGUAUCUCCGGCACCGUCCUCCUCCUCCACCACCUCUUCCUCGUCAUCGAGCAGCAGUCCUGCUGCGUCGUCCGCCCCGAAUGGGUGUCCGUUCGGUGGUUCGUCCUCCACGUCGGCGACGGCCGGCCGAUGGCAGCAGGUCAUACACGGGGGCGGUGCCGCGGCGAGCGUCAUCACCACGACCGGGCACCGUGCCCAGCAGACACCCUCCCCCGGCAGCCUAACCCCGCCGGACACGUCCUCCUCAUCGUCCUCCUCCUCAUCCCUCUCGGUCGUUUCGUCACCACCGUCCGCGGCCUCGCCGUCCUCCUCCUCGUCGACGAGCAUCCGCUACUUCCAGUCGCCCCACUCCACGAUGACCUCACCGGCACCACCGGCGUCCCCAUCGUCGGUGGUCGUUGCGCCACCGCUCACACCAUCCCCACGCCUGAUCGAGCUGAAGGUCGACAUUGGCAGCAGCGGGACCGGCAGCGGUAGCACCAUCGUCACCUCCCUCGAUCCGUGCCAGCAACCGUUGAACCUGUCGAAGAAGUCACCCUCGCCGGCACCGGUCGGCGUGGUGUCCGUCGUCCAACGGCCCCUGGUGCCGACCGCGUCCUCGUCCUCCUCCUCCACGUCACCGUCACCCAUCUCACCGGUGGCAGCGGCUGCAACCACGGUCGUAGUGGCCACCAGCAGCAGCAGUAGCCCCAACAGCAGUAGUGCCACCGCGACCAAUCCCACCAUCCACAAGAUCCUACUCGAGGCGUAA